UGCCUAGAAAUAAGGGUCCCGGAGCUCAAACGGAAAGAGGGACGGAGCCGCGUACUGUGUAGCAUCAUGGCUGCUUCCACUCGGUCUCAGGUGAUUUCUCUCUACAAGAUGAUGCUGAAGGAGAGCAGCAGGUUCCCCUCCUACAACUACAGGACGUACGCACUGCGGCGUGUUCGUGAUGCCUUCAGGGCCAACAGGGAAGUGGAAGAUCCGAAAGCAGUGGAGAGGCUGAUGGAGGAGGGAGAGCAGAUGCUGGCGCUGAUUCAGAGACAGGUCUCCAUCGGGAAAAUGUACGAGGCUCAGCGGACGGUGGUGGACGCGCUGUGACGCUUCGGCCCGGCCUGUGAAAUGCAUUGUGGGAGAUGUAGGCCGGAGUGAAGCUGGACGUUGUUCCUGCCUGAUGUUUCUCAUGUUUCCUCUGCAGGAAAAACUCAAACUUCAGUUUGUUUUUCCUGAAACAUGAAACAUCAGAAAAUAUGAGCUGCUGGAUGAAAACGUGUGAAACCAACUGAAGCUGAUCCAGUCCGUCCUGCAGGAGACGAGGAGGACGGACAGCCGUCAACUACCGCCGUUUGUUUUUACAGUGCAGGACUUUGAGUUUCAUCUCUAAAUUGAAUCAAAAUCCUUAUUUUUAAGUGUAAAAUGACUCAGAUCUGCAGGCUCCUCCCUUCAUCCUAAGCCCCGCCCCCAGAGGAGUUACCAUGGCAACGGUUCAUGCGGACCGUUGGGAUCAGUUCUGGUUGAUGAUCAGAUGAUCGUCUCUGAGCUUCUUCCUGCUUCAGACGUGAAAUUAAAAGUUUCUCUAAUAUU